CAUGAUUCAAGGUUGAUGGCUUGAUGCCACUGAUAAGGGAGAUAUUUGUACCAGUGUCAACAACUCACAAGAUGAACCAAACUUGGAGGAAAGCUACGACACUUAUCCAAGUUCUGGAGGUCUAAGAGGGAGUACCUUGAAGAAGCAGAAAAAGAAUCCAUGUUGUUGUCUCGGACAUUGCGUAGUACUGGAAUGAUUUGUUUGAUGUAUGUUUUUAUUCCCCCAAGCCCUAGCUCAGUGCCUCCCGACAUCGGUCCUCGGAAUUCCCUCCCAAAUCCAGCCGCCGAGGAAACAAUCCUUCUCUGUCUCGCUCUGUGCCUUCAAAAACCGACUCUGUUUUUGCUGAUUUGCUCUCAAAGGCCAAAGGAAACCUAGGUUGAAAUUCCAAACCCCAGUUAUCGGUUAAAGGAGACAAACUAUUGUAUUCCCUCUUCAAAGUGUCGACCUUUGCGGCUUUUCCCCCACUUGCCGCACAAGGGAGGCUGAUCAUCAUCUAAAAUCAUAUUUUCCUGUGCCGGCUCAAAGCUCUCAUGGAAACGAAGAAGCAACAAAGGCCACCCAUGGCAUUUAGUCUCUCGGUUUCUUAGGUUUGUAUAUUUAUUGUAGCAAUACCUCAAGGGAUUACAACUCUGGAUGUGGGUCUCUACCCCCAGCAUGUACAAAUACAACAAGC